AUGCCCACGGCGCGUUCGAAGCGUCAGCGCACGCCGUCCGCCACCUCCUCUCCGCUGCUGACGCAUGCGCUGGAGGCACGUAGCCGCCGUAUUGCCAGCACACCCGCGAGCGUCAUGCCGCACGGGGAGGAAGAGCUGCUCCUGCCGCCCCCCACCAGCAAGCUGUGCGCUCAUGGUAGCGCCCACCAAGGCACCGAUGACAGUAAGGCUCGUGAUGAAAAAAACAUUGAUGUUAAUAAUACUAGUAAUGCACAUUUUGGUGCUUCUAGUGCUAAUAGUAAUGGCUCCAUGAUCACUGCCGCUGUUGCGGAGCAAUUCUCGGCUGUGGAGAUUUAUUUUCAGCUUGUAGGUCAACGAAAUCAAGGCGAUUUUCUCUUUCCGCGCGACGUUGGGGACUUGUUGCUGUGGUCCGUGCCGGCUGCGGUGCCGUUGAUUGAGGGCCCGCGGGUAUUUUUCCUCAAGAACAAAUCGAGGCUGCGGGAUGUGGUGAUGAUUUGUGUGAAUGGGUGGACACAUGAUGAAAUGAUACUUGCCUAUGCCAGCAAUCCCGCCGAAGAUGAUGGCAUCCAUGAGAAGGAGGCGAAGCAUUCGCCGAGGGGACAGCCGUUGCGCCACGAAGCAGAAGAAAUGAAGGCCCAGAAUGGAAAUAUUUGGGCGGAGCGCAUUGGUCGUGCCAUGCUGGCCCCAGUACGCGCUCAGCAGUGUUGGGCACGAAAGGAGUGCGGCGUGCAAUUUGCGCCCAUGCUUCUUCCAGGCGCAAGGAGUUCACUGGUGCGUGAGAUAUUCUGGCGAAACGAUGCACCGAAAGCACCUCGCGAUGGCCAACGCCGCGGUUGCCCCUCCUUGAAUAAAAAAAAUGCCGAGCAAAAAUGUGAAAAAUCGGGUGAUCGUUGUGUGGCGGUUGUCGGCCAAUUACCCUCCGGCACCUCAGAAGCAGCA